CCAUCACUCUAUCAGAGAAUGCAAGAAGAACAAGAUGGCUCAUCAGGGAUGUGAGAGCUGCAGGAAGUGGCAAGAGCACUGCAACCAGGAGCACAUGGAUGUGAGCAGGAUCCGUUUCUUCAAGCUCCUGACUGGAGAUUUUGCCCAGAGCAUUAGCAUACCAGAGAAAAUUGUGAGCAAUCUCAAUGGGCAUACCACCAACGGGUUCAACCUGAAAGCACCGAGCGGCGAAACAUGGCGCUUCGGUGUAACCAAGAACGCCGAUGAGCUGUUCUUCAUGUCAGGAUGGGGUGAUUUUGCAAGGGCACAUGAGUUACAAGAGAAUGACCUCCUGAUCUUCACACGCAGUGGCAACUACUCCUUUGAUGUCAUGAUUUUUGACGCUAGUGGCUGCGAGAAAGUGUCUUGUUUCUUCACCGGUAAAAGGGACCCUUGCAUGAACAAGCGUUUCAACGGCAUAGUGGGUCAACAAGCUGAGUACUGCCUUCUUAGUGAGACUGAUGAUUCAAGCAUGCCCCCUCACAAGGCCUCUACUUCAAGGAAGAUGAGUGGAAAGAAUAAACCAAUUGGAAGUAUUUGCGGGGAAGAGACUGAAACUCCCAACAGUAGCAACUACCAUGUCAAGCAUGAGGCGAUCGACGAGGAAGAGCAGAUCGACGAGGAAGAGCAGAGCGACGACAGGCAUGCUGAUUCCAACUACUAUUACUCAAGGUCUGCCAGUUGCCUAACUAGCCAGGAACGGGAGGAAAUAUUCAGUUUGGCGUCGAUUCAGCCUGGCAAUCCAGCAUUUGCGACUGUCCUGCAGAAGACCCAUGUUGGUCGCAAGAACAACUUGCUGAUCAUCCACAGUGGAUUUGCUGCUGACCAUCUUGAGAGGAGAUCCCAUGACAUCCUGCUCCUCAGACCAAACAGAAAAGAGAAGUGGUAUGUCAGGUACUAUCACGCGAGAGCCACCAGAGGCUUCAACUGCCGCCGCUGGAUCAAGUUUGUUCGCGACAACAGGCUGCGCAAGGACUAUGUCUGCGUCUUUGAGCUGAUGAUAGGCGCAAAGAGGACGACAAUGGUCGUCCAUGUCGUCAGGAAGGUUGAUGGAAGGCUUGUUCUGCUAGGAUAAGUUCUUAUGUCCUCCUUGUUACUUAUGUACCAUGUAAUGUGCAAGUAAAAUGUGCUCCCUGCAGCAUGUAUGCACCCCUGAGAAGUGAGAACUGAACUGGUUUGGUGCAGUGUUUCAUGCUACUAGAAGUCCAGAACCAGGUGUCAGGUGUGUGAAUGGUACUAAGCAAAUGCUACCCUAACAAUUUCCU